AUGUCGUCAAAGCGGAAGGUGCUUUUAAUGGGCAAAAGUGGCUCCGGGAAAACGAGUAUGCGGUCCAUUAUUUUCGCGAACUACAUUGCUCGCGACACGUCCAGACUUGGACCAACAAUGGAAGUCGAGCACGCACACGUUCGAUUCCUGGGAAACCUGGUUUUGCAUUUAUGGGAUUGUGGUGGUCAAGAGACAUUCAUGAACAAUUACCUUUCUUCGCAAAAAGAUCAAAUUUUCAAAAAUGUUCAGGUGCUAAUUUAUGUUUUUGACGUCGAGAGCAGAGAGUUUGAAAAGGAUUUGGGCUAUUAUCAAUCUUGUCUUGAGGCGCUCCUUCAUAAUUCUCCUAAUGCACAGGUCUUUUGUCUAAUUCAUAAAAUGGAUCUUAUCGAAGUGGACCACAGAGACCAGACGUUCGAGGACCGUGCUUCUUUAGUGCUGCGGUUUACCGAAAUGGCCGCUGGUCCAGAUCGCGCGAAUGCUGUCUGUCAGUGCUUUCGUAGUAGCAUAUGGGAUGAGACUCUAUACAAAGCUUGGUCUGCAAUUGUUUACAAACUUAUACCAAACGUAAGUAUAAUGGAGCAAAAAUUGAAACAGUUUGCUGCCAUACUGGAUGCAGAUGAGGUCAUGCUGUUUGAAAGGGCAACUUUUCUCGUCAUUGCUCACGCAGAAAUGACUGAACAUCGUGACAUGCAUCGUUUCGAGAAGGUUUCGAAUAUUAUAAAACAAUUCAAACUCAGUUGCAGUAAAAUGGGCUCACAGUUUGAAUACAUGCAUGUGCGGAAUAGUUAUUUUGCCGCAUUUAUUGACGCUUUUACUCCGAACACCUUCAUUAUGGUCGUUCUGGCCGAUGGGAAUGUUUCUCCUGCCGCUACGCUCAUGAAUAUUCGAUCUGCAAAGAAGCAUUUUGAGGCUUUGGAGUCGAAACAAUGA